CUAAGUCCACCCACUCCAUCAUUCAUACUUUGGAGACCUUACAUUAGCUUUUGUAUAAAAAGUGUCACACAUUUUCCCAUUCCUCCAUUAUUUUCUAAAUAAAUGUAUAUAUUUUUUGGUGGUAAUAUGUUGGGCAAGAGACCCAGACCGAUGAUCGGAAAACUAUCAGAAUUGUUGGUUUCCGGCAACCGUGCCGGGUUGUUCGACAUGGCUGCUAUGACAAGCCCAAGAAGUCCAUUGGACCUCAAGAUGCAAUCCCCUAGAGGUUUAAAGAAUUAUGAUGUUGGAGGUGUUGGUUUGGGUAUAGUUGCUGCUUUGGAGAAAUCCGGGCAUGGUGGACGUGAAAUUCUGGCAAAGUAUGCGAUUUGCAGCCCGAAUUUGAAUCGAUCGGAACCAAUUCCGGUGAAUUCAGCUAAGAAAAGCGAGAGAUUGACGAAUGGUAAUAAUGAAGAAGCAGAGGAAGAGAGUUUGGAGAAUUAUACUUACGUGACUUGUAGACAUGGACCCAACAAGACGUCCUUCACUAGAGUUUACUAUGAUGGAGUUGAACGUAGCAUAGAUAACAAUCCAAGAAACGAUCUUGGAAGAAGUAACAAUUUGGGUAUUUUCCAUACGUCGCCGUCGAGCUGUUCAGAAGAGUUUUCAGUGUUUCCCACUUCGGAUUUUCUCAGCUCUUGCCAUUUGUGCCGGAAAAAGCUCCAUGGCAAAGAUAUAUACAUGUACAGAGGAGAUAAGGCAUUCUGUAGCACAGAGUGUCGAUCGAGGCAGAUUAUGAUGGAUGAGCGAAAAGAACGGUGCAGAUCAGAAGCAUCAAGAUCUGUGGAUGUUUCGAGUUCAUCUUAUAGUAGAGACCAAAUUUUCUCCACUGGUAUUGUUGCAAGUUAACCAUGUCAACGACAGUUCUUGCACAACAAUACUAUACAUAUUAUCUUAACCAACCAGAAAACCAAAAGAAGAAAAAAAAAAUAUAUAUAUAUAUAUAUAUAUAGGGAAAAAAAAAAAUGAAACACAAUAAAAGAAGUGGAAAUUUUUGCUCGGAUUUGAUGGCUGACCUUCAAUAAUGUAAUGAGAAUUACCAUCGUUUUUGCAUAAUGAGAAAUUUUUCGUUCUAAA